GAUUCUGCGUGUGUAGAAGUUGAAAAUUAUAUAUUUACAUUAAUUCUAACAAAUACUAAGGAUAUUCUGUUUGGAUUUAUUAAAAAAUCCGAAAGUACAAUUGUAAACAGAACAGAUAAAUUUCAACUCAAACAAUUAGAAUGGUUCUCAAAUGAAAUCAACAAAGGCUGUGGUGUUGGGUUUAAUCCUUCCGGUAGCUUGGGUAUUAUUAUAUCAGAGAAUAAUAAUAUAUACACUCUCAAUACUAGUUCCAUUGUUCAAGAUGCACUUUAUUCCAAAGAAGUUGGAGUUCCUAAACCUGGUUCUUCUCUCUCUUCUAGUCCUGUUAAACAAGUAUAUAUUGGAUCCAUGGCUGUAUCCCCUGGUUCUCCUGUAUGUCAGGUAUCCUGGUUAAACCAUGAACAUGACCUUCUCCUAGCUGUAUCAGGAUAUGGAGGAAAAUUAACAGUAGUCAAUCUAACCUCAGGGGUAGAGGUUGGGAUUCUGAGAAUAGAAGAAAAUACUAAAAUUGAAUCCCUUCAAGUUUAUAAAGAUGAUCCAUUGGAUUGUAUUUAUCUCAUCAUUAAAACAAAGGUAAAGUUCUACAGACUGCUAGUGGAUCAGAAGAGUAUAGGAUACAGUUGGACGGGUUCAACUAGUUGUGAUCCUCCCUCCACACCCACCCAGGAGAAUCCUCUACCAGAUAUAAUUGAGAGUCGGGGACGAUUAUCAGGCCUGAAGCAGAUGUCAGUUGAGAAGAUAACUAACCUAAGGAAUAGGUUAGCUGAGGGAAGAAAACUACUCAGAUCAAAAUCUGAAUGCGAGGAUAUUUUUGGUUCGAGUAGUAGACCUAUUUGUAUAACACCGCAGAUUGGACCCUGCAGCCAUCUUGUAUUCGACCAGGGAGGGGGAGGUGGUGAAGGGGAAGGAGGGGGUGGGCGAGGAUGUAAAAUUACCGCAUUCUACUCGACUCUUUCACAAUCUGUCAUAUUUGACGCACAGUUGAAUCCCGGACCUAAUUCUACCAAAUCCUUCCCAUUUCUGAUGCCUUCUAGUCCUGUGUGUUCCUCAACAAAUUCUGGCUACGUGGAGAUAUUUGUUCCUGAACCAUCUUCAGUCUCCUCGUCAUAUAAUGUGACUCACUUCAACGUGUCAGGAAAUCUCUGUCUGUUCUGCACUGAUGAUGGUAGAAAUCAGACGAUCAUUUUGUCUUCCUUUAGCUCAGAAGAUACUUUGCUUAAUUCUCCUGUUCAAUCAAUUACCCUAGAUGAGGGGGAGAAAAUAUUAGAUGUUCACAAAAUAAAUACUUCUAGGCGACAAACGUCAACAACUAGUCCUUGCAGUUCUCAACCUGGAUUUAGUCCGACCUCUAAAUCUAGUUCCCAGGCCUCCCCGACCUCUAAAUCUAGUGUCCAGGCCUACCCAACCUCUAAAUCUAGUCCGCAUACCUCCACUGCUAAAAAGAACCCAUUCCGUAAUAUUGUGUGCGUAACUACAGACGAGACUGGUAGGACAAGAACAGAUGUCCUCCAGGCCCCUGCGUCCUCUGUGUCCUCAAUGUCCGGUAUAAAAACUGACACACCAAAGAAUAAUGAAAAUACCAAACCAAUAUGUUCUGCAGAGGCCUUUAAACUGCAUUUAGAAAAAGAACUGAAUGAAUUGAAAAAGAAGAAUAGCGACAAAUUAGAGAGCUUCCUUAUCGUAACUAGUAAACAGGUUUAUAUUCUUGACUGGAAAGCACACCCUGUAGACCUUUGUUUAGAGCUUAUUAUUCAGGGAUCUAUGAAAGAAGCUGAGAUUAUUAUUGCAUGCUUUCAUCUUAACAAAAAUGUUAUGCAAGAGUUGGCUGCUGAUUUAAAACUUAGUUGUAAGGAUUACAGCGCAGCUAUCAGUCUGUAUAAACAGUGUGGAGCUCGGUGUUUAAAGAUCGCUUUAAAGCUAGCAGUAUUUGGCUGUGUUUCCCAGCUCCUAGCUUACUUACAGGUUUUGUUCUCAAAUAAAAAUCAUGAUUCUACGCACAGAGAGAAAGUGCAUCUGGCAAACCUAACUCUAAUCUCAUAUUUUCAACAGAUUUUGAAGUCUACAAUGUUCAUAAAACAAAGACUGGAGGACAAGUUUGCUAAUUUUCUUCUGGAAAACAGAUGUUAUGAUGAGGUUUUGAUGGUGAGCCAAGGAGUGGAUACAGGUUCAUGGAGCCUUCUCUCCAGGGUUGUAUUCAAGCAUGGUUUAGAGAGAGAGCUAGCUCAGGGUUUAGCUGGUUGGUUUGAGAAUAUGAAUAAGGUAGGAGAUAUCUCUGGAUUAAUUCUCCUGGAUCAUGUUGGAUCUGAAAAAGAACAUUUUCUCAACAUUCUGCUCAAUCCAACCCUUAUUCCAGCCUCAGGUAUAAGUUGUUCCAUUGCUCUCAGCCUGUUCCGAAUGAUUGGUUCCAUUUUACCAGUCCUGUCUUGGGUUCAGUUAGUUAGUUUGGUUUCAAAUACAGAUCCCCGGAAUCCUGAUCUUUCUCCCCUUAUGAAUCCAGGAUGUGGUAUGAAUGGUGGGGAAGAAAAUGUGGUUAUCAUAAAACAAGAGUUGGUUCGAAUACAUGUUCUCUCUCUUCUACAUAUCCUAAACAGAAAAUCAUUGGUUGAUCCAUCCCUGUUUAAUCUCAUCUCAACAUCAGAUACUCCCAUGUCAAGAAGUAUAAGGGAUCCCGCUGCUGUUCCUGUUGUGUUAGAAUCCAGGCUUUCUGCAGGAUUUAGUCAUGUACUGUACAAUCAGAACGGAAAUCUUGUAUCUUGGGGUUCAAACAAUCUUGGAGCUACAGGACUGAAACCAUCCUACGCUGUAUUCUUUACUCCUGGAUCUCUUUCUUUCUUCACCAAACUCUGUAUCAAAGUUUUACAGGUGAGCUGUGGAAAGAACCAUUCCAUGGUGCUUUCAAAGAACGGGGUUUACGUCUGGGGGUCAAACCAUUACGGUCAACUAGGGUCAGGGAAAAAAAUUAUCCAAAGCAACAAACCUAUCCGACUAUCCCUCGAAUCCAUCGUUCAAAUCUCCGCCGGUCAGUUCCACUCUCUUGCUCUGGAUUCCAGUGGUCUAGUGUACUCAUGGGGCUGGGGGGUUCAUGGCCAGCUCGGAAAUGGACACUUUGACGAUGUCGAAGAACCCCAGGUUGUCCACCGCCUCUCUAAACUAGUAGUUGUCCAAGUUGCCGCAGGAUAUGCCCAUUCUUUAUGUCUGACAGAAAACGGUGAGAUCUGGUCAUUUGGUUUGGGUUUGUAUGGUCAGCUGGGUUCAGGACACACAGACAAAUCAUUAGUUCCCGUGAGGGUUGUCCUAAAUGCGCCGGUGCGGCAGGUGUCUACCGGGUACUUUCAUUGUCUAGCUAUAUCCGUAGAUGGAACUGUGUAUCAGUGGGGAUCCCAUCCUCAGGUUCUCAGGCUAGAGGCGCAGCAGCGAAAGAAGGAGAUGUUAAUGCAGAAAGAUCAAGAUCAGGACCUAGAAGCGUCGGAAUCUCCAGUUAGUCUUCCAACCUUUAUACCUCCAGUAUCUGAGCAGCAUCUUACGCCGCAGGUUUUUGAUACCUCAGGAGUUCGUGGCAGGGUCAACUCUAUUUCUUGUGGAUCUCAACAUAGUCUCAUAUUAACUGAUCAGGGUCAGGUGUAUACAUGGGGUCGAAAUAUGGAGGGUCAGCUAGGACAAGGGGGUCGGAACAGUACUAAGCUUCCUGCACUAAUUGUAGGGUUAGAUCAGGAUUACAUAUGUGCUGCUGUGUGUGGGAGUGAUUUUACCCUGGCAUUAUCAGAAUCUGGUUCCUUGUUCGGUUGGGGGAGUAACUCCUCUUGUCAGCUGGGUAGACCACCCCUAGAACCAGAUAAGGGAACAGAGCAGAGCAAAGUUUUGUUGAUGAAGACGACAAAGAGAAUAAUUCGGCUUCAGCAUGGACUGCAGAACAGCUGUGAUAUUCCCAAACCGGUUCCUGGAAUCCAGAAAUCAGGAAUUUACGCAGAACAAAUUAACAAAACUCCACAAGAAUAUCUUGUCUCCGACCUGUAUCCUACACAACCUGGAGUAAGGACGGAAUUAUCUCCAGGUUUAGAAGAGAACCAUCCUUCAUCAAUUCACAGUCUUCAAUUCAAUCUUCACAGAAUUUUGGAGGAGUUUUCAUCAAGUCUUAAUAUACCUUCAACCUUGCAACAUUGUGUUCAAGCAGAAAACUUCCAAGCAGCAGCGAAACUCUGCUUUUUAGAUGGAAAACACCUUGAGUCUUUCAAAUACACCUUAAAGAGUAUUUUGCUGAACGAAAAGAACGAGAAGGAAAAAGAAGACUUAAGUUUUCAGAUGUUUUUAAUAGUCCUGUCAGCCAGUUCAAAGCAACCCUCAGAAGAAUACAGAAGUUUGCAGUUUUCAAUGCUUCAAGGUUUGAUCAAAUUUUGGACAGACGAAAAACUUGAAUUAACCAGAUUAGAGGAUAAACUAGUUCAAAUAGAAGAUACAGUUCUACUGAAUACUCUUGUAUAUAUUCUCUUCUGUCCGCCUACUUCAGAUCUGGAAGAAAACAGAUUAACCGGGGUUUUUUCUCCCGAGUUUCUGCUGAGAAUAGGAAACAAAUUUGUCAACACUUCAAAUGAAAUCAGAAGUGAACCGAGUAGUUUUGAAUUAAACAAUCCUGAAGAUGCACUCAGAUACGUACUGCGAAAUCAACAACAACAACAACACGAGAUGUAGAAAUGUACACUUUUAUAACCUCUUCCAUGACAGUCGUACAAAUAUUUAAUUCCAUUAUAUUUAUUUUAUAUUAUUAUUACUAUUUAAUUAAUUAAUAUAUGGACAAUAAUUUGUUCUUUUACUUGGCCGUUUUGUCCAGUUUUGAUACGCUCAAAUAAUUAUUUUAAAAAUAUUCCUUUGGAUUAAGUUAAUCCGUAGAUAGAACCGGUAGAUUAUCCCUGGGUAUGAUUAUCCCUGGGUUUAUGAUUAUUUUAACGAAACACAAAUCAGGAUUUAUCUUUAAAACGACUUGAAAUUCCCAUCAUUAGAUGUUUCAAUACUUUAUCCUAAAAUUGAAGAAAAUGAAUGUAGAGUGAAGGCGUCGUAGAUUAGCGCCAUUAUGAUCAAGAAUUCCUUCCUUUUGUGCUUAAAAAUGUUUUUUGAUGUUCUUUUUAUUAUAAUUUUUAUAACAAACAAUAUUUUAUUGUAUUUUUAUUUCAACACCAUUUUCUGUAAAGUUCAUAUCUAAUUUAAAAAUAUUCACAACAGCAACAACAUGCUGAUUUUUUCAUAUUGCAAAUUAAAUUUUAUCAACCCCCGUCGAAAAUUAGAUGUAAAACUUUACACUAUAAGUAGUUGUGUGAAUGUAUAAAGUAUGUAUGUUGUAUAGACACAAGCUUUGAAGGUAUUGUUAGCGCAAUUGUAAAUGGUCCUUCGGUAAAGGAACUGCAGUCGUAUUUUUAAGUAAUGGUCCAUUUAAUUGCCAUGUCCGAUUCACAAUGGUACCCGCUCAAUCUUUAUCUGAUCAAUGAUGUGCAAUAUUGUCGUUUUUUAGCUUAAAAAGAAUUGUCUAUGUAGCACAUAGUAUCAAUUAUCAAAAAACGGAUGUCUCAUUCAUUCUGGAUCCAACCAAAGCUUUUAUGGGUACCCUUGUGAGUCGGACAUACAUUUUAAUCAGGUUUUACAGUCCCAUUAAACCUAUGCUGAAAGCACCAUUGUCUGGCUGUUUGUUUGAUGUGACAAGCCAAAAUUUACAUAUUCUUAACCCACGCUUUAUAUGUUUAUUAAUCUAUUGUUUAAUAAAAUAUUAGACAACAUUGA